CAAGAAGCCCAUUUCAAGCCCUCUUCCGCCUAUCGAUCUCCGCCCCACUAAACAUCGAGACUCUUGACCCUAAUCAACAUGGCGCCCUCCGCAGUUAGCACCACGGCCAAUGGCAACGCCGACCGCUACCGUGCAUCAUCCUCGGAUGAGGCCUACCACGCUGAGCACCAAUACGCCGCUCACAACUACCACCCUCUCCCCAUCGUCUUCUCCAGGGCCUCUGGCUGCUCUGUCUGGGACCCCGAGGACAAGCACUACCUCGACUUCCUCUCCGCCUACAGCGCCGUGAACCAGGGCCACUGCCACCCGGAGCUCGUCAAGGCCCUCGUCGAGCAGGCACAGCGUCUCACCCUCAGCAGCCGUGCAUUCUACAACGAUGUCUUCCCCCGCUUCGCCGAGUACGUCACCAAGACGCUCGGCUUCGACAUGGUGCUGCCCAUGAACACGGGCGCCGAGGCCGUCGAGACGGCUGUCAAGAUCGCCCGCAAGUGGGGUUACAAGGCCAAGGGCAUUCCUCAGGACAAGGCCCUGGUGUUCAGCGUGCAGGAGAACUUCCACGGCCGCACGUUUGCCGCCAUCACCAUGUCCACCGACCCCGAGUCGCGCGAGAACUACGGGCCCUACCUCCCCGGUAUCGGCAGCGAGAACCCGACGACCCAUGAGCCGAUCCGCUACAACAACGUCGAUGACGUACGCAAGGUGCUGGAGGAGCACGGCAAGAACACGGCGGCGUUCCUGGUCGAGCCCAUCCAGGGCGAGGCGGGCAUCAUCGUCCCCGACGACAGCUACCUGCGUGAGGUCAAGGCGCUGUGCGAGAAGCACAACGUGCUGCUGAUCUGCGACGAGAUCCAGACGGGCAUCGCGCGGACAGGGCGCAUGCUGUGCCACGAGUGGAGCGGCAUCAAGCCGGACCUGGUGCUGCUGGGCAAGGCCAUCUCGGGCGGCAUGUACCCCGUGUCGUGCGUGCUGGGAUCCAAGGAGGUGAUGCUCACCAUCGAGCCCGGCACGCACGGCUCGACGUACGGCGGUAACCCUCUGGGCUCUGCCGUCGCCAUCAGGGCGCUGGAGGUCAUCCAGGAAGAGAACAUGGUUGAGCGCGCCGAGAAGCUGGGCAACAUCUUCCGCGAGGGUCUGCGCAAGAUCGACAACCCCAUGCUCACGCUGGUGCGCGGCAAGGGUCUGCUGAACGCCAUUGUCAUCGACGAGAGCAAGACCAACGGCCACAGCGCCUGGGACCUCUGCAUGCUGUUCAAGGAGAAGGGUCUGCUGGCCAAGCCCACGCACCAGAACAUCAUCCGCCUCGCGCCGCCCCUCGUCAUCACCGAGGAGCAGAUCCAGCAAGCCCUCGACAUCAUCCGCUCCGCCAUGGCCGAGCUGCCCACGCUCAAGGGCAAGAAGGAAGCCGAGGUGCUGCCCGCCGGCGAGAAGAACGUGCACAUUGGCGUCGACAACUAAAGCGCCACGCCAUGCGCGGGACCUUUUUAGUAGUCGUCGUCUGCUACAACAGCCAAGGCAAGACAAGGCGAGGCAAGGUAAGGCGGCGGACCGAGCAAGCUUGCUUGCAACCAUGCAUUUUGCGAUUCGUGAUACCCCCCGGCUCAUCUGAUAUCCGUGCAUAGGACCGGAGGCUUGAUGGACCUGCUCGAGCAUAUGACUGACUGAUGCUUACGUGGUGGCUUGAUGCUGCUGCUCUUUGAUG